GUCGCGGAGAACGAGUAUUUUCUCUCAGUUCGUUUCUGCGAUCGCUGGGUAUGAAUUAUUAAAGUUCGAAAUCAUUCUACCUUUUUCUCUCUACUUUGCUAUAUAGCAUUUAUUUUUGAGAAAGAUCAGUCUUUAUCGAGACGGUUAUACUUACGGAACUCAAAUUGAUUAACUCUCUGAGACUUUUUUUUUUUCGAUAAAACCAAUCGCAGAAAUUUCUAUUUCGUUCUAUCUUCUAAACUGUUUGUUUCUUGUCUUCGAUAUUUACAAAUAAUCGUGGAAAGGAGAUAAUCGCAAUUUUAAUCAAAACACUUGCUAAUUCCUUUGGGAUUCUUAUAAUCGCUAGACAACGAGCAUUCCUGGGAGCUCAGUGCUGUGAAACAGAAAGAAGAAAGAAAGAGAAUUAAAAGAAUUAACUAGAUAUUUGAGUGACCAAUCAAAUAAUCAUUUUGAGGCAUACUGUAAGAAAAUUAUUCCUUGAGUGUAACGUUUUUUCAUCAAAACUGUUGAAUUAACAAUGGAAUAAUAAUGAACCGCAAUGACCUUGGCAUUUUGAAAGCAACUUAUACCUCCCUUCGUCGAACGUGUAACAUCAUACAAAAGAAUUCAUUCUAUGCACAUUGAAAUUCAAGUUUUCAAGAGAGAAAAAGAAAAAUAAAAAUAAUGGUUACGACACCAUCGAUACCGGAAUGGUUUCGAAAGAGAAACGUCCUUAUUACCGGGGCUACUGGAUUCCUCGGAAAAGUUCUAAUUUACAAAUUAUUAAUGAGCUGUCCUGAUAUUGGCAAUAUUUUCUUGAUAAUUAGAGAAAAAAAAGGAAUCGAUUCGCAAUUCAGAUUGAAAGUCAUCAUCGAGCAAGAACCAUUUAGAGUGCUUCGAGAAAAGUAUCCCGAAAGAUUGAAGAAACUUGUAGUGGUGCCUGGAGAAAUAACUGAGGAUGGAUUGGCUUUGAUUGCUUCUGAUAAUGAACGAAUUAUGAAAGAGAUAUCGGUAGUCUUUCAUACUGCUGCGAACGUUAAAUUCGAUCUUCCAUUGAAAACCGCAAUCAACAUGAAUACGAAGGGUACCAUGAAUAUCCUAGCGUUAGCUAAAGAAAUGCCACAUCUUGAGUCUUUCAUACACAUAUCCACGUCUUAUUGUCAGUGCGGUGAGGCAGUGUUAGAGGAACGUGCCUAUCCAACAGCAAUUUCACCUGAAAGUAUUAUAUCCAUGGUUAAUACUAUACCCGAUAACGUAUUAAACGCUAUGACACCGAAAUUGCUGGAUAAACAACCGAAUACUUAUGCGUUUAGCAAAUCUCUCAGCGAGGAUCUUUUAUAUAGAUCUAAUUUGCCUGCUGGAAUCGCUCGUCCGUCGAUAGUCAUAGCAUCAUGGAAGGAACCGACACCUGGUUGGAUCGACAAUAUCAAUGGUCCAACUGGAUUGAUGAUUGGAGCAGGAAAGGGUGUCAUACGGACGAUGCUAUGCAACCCGAAUUACUUGACCGAUUUAAUGCCUUGCGAUAUAGCUGUUAACUCCAUUAUUGCGUUGGCUUGGCACGUUGGUUUGGAAAAACCUGAGAAACCAAUUUUCAUGAAUGUCACGGAAAGUGGAGAAAAUCCUAUAUCUUGGGGCAGCGCUUUGGAAAUUGGAAAGAAACAUACUCUGAGGAAUCCAUUUUCGGGACCACUUUGGUAUCCAGGUGGAAGAAUAACUUCAUCGAAAAUUUUACAUUGGUUCACUAUGUUAUUUUUACAUUUUAUACCAGCAUAUUUUUUAGACACUAUAAUCGUUUUAACUGGAAACGAGCCGUUUUUAGUGAAAGUCCAACAAAGAAUCACGUAUGGUUUAGAAUUAUUACAAUAUUAUACAACUAAAGAAUGGGUAUUCCGGAACGAAGUGAAGAAAGAUUUGGAAGAACGUCUUUGCUCCUCGGAUAAAGAAAUUUUCUUCAUGGAUACUAAGGCAUUAUCUUGGGAUGAAUAUCUAUUAAAUUAUAUUUUGGGAACAAGAAAGUAUUACCUAAAGGACGAUCUUUCAACUUUACCUCGUGCAAGACAAGUUUUAAAAUAUUUAUAUGUUGCUGAUUUAUUUGUGAAAAUUCUUUUUGGUGUACUCAUCUUGUGGUUUAUUUAUUCGUGGAUGAAUACGUCCAAAGGAAUAACCGCGGCAUUGAUUGGGGAAAAUAAGAUCUAGUUUCUAUUUUAUCGACUCGAUGAUAUUUAUUUUACAGAUUCGAUAUUUACUUUACCGACUUACAGUAUCUUACAUAUUUCUUGAUGUAUCAUCAAGAAUCAGGGUAUUUAUUAAUAAAAUAAAAUCUUUCUUAGGAAUUUAAUUUAGGUUAGUUUAUGUUAUCUGUUCUAAACAACAAAGAAAAAUAUAAGUUGAUGAUGAUGAUAAAAAUGUAAAUUUCUCCACACUCA